AUGGCGACGAUUGCGCGUCCCCCAGCGCUCUCCAGCGAGUCCCGGGUCCCUUCAUCGUCUGCACAACCCAAGAACCCCGUGUCCCUACGCUUGUACAAGGUCCUCAGCACGCGAUUUGACGACGAAUCCACACGCGAAGCUCUUCAAACCCUAUCCGAACUAUACACCGCGCUCUCCAAAGGCAAGGAGAUCGCGCGCCAGGAGGAGCCCGACGCAGACCACGACGAUGAAGUCCCCCAGCCCCCGCAAGCAAAAGACGUGUCUCUCAAGGAGCUCAUUCCAGGCGAGUCCGCCGCCCGCGCGCGCAAGCACCUGCGCAAGGACAUGGAGAGCAAGCUCGCGGAGGGCAGCCGCGCGUUCCUGCAAGCGUUCGCCGAGGUCGACCAAAAGUUGGAUGGUCUGCAGGCGCACGUCGCGGCGAUGCGCGUCGCGUGCGAUGAGGCGGAGGCGCAGCUUAAGUUGACGGAUGACGCGAGCCGGACGCUGCUCGAGCGGGCGAGUAACUUGCGCGAUGAGCGAAAUGAGGUGGAGAGCAAGCGAUCUAUCGUCUCUCUCUUCUUGGACCGGUUCACACUGUCAGACGAAGAGGCAGAAGCCCUUACCUCGCGCGAUGUACCCGUCGGGCCGCGCUUCUUCGCUGCCAUGGACAAGACCCAGCGCAUCCGCGACGACUGUCGCGUCCUCAUGGCUGGUGAAGAUGGACCCACACAAGCAGGCCUCGACAUCAUGUCCGCUACCUCUACCCGCCUAGAAGCAGGCUAUGACAAGAUACUCCGCUGGUGCACAUACGAGUUUACCGCCCUUCGCGAUACACACAUUGAAGUCCCGCCCAACCUCUCCGAAGCUGUCCGCCGACUGCGCGACCGCCCCGAACUCCUCACCUCCGCCCUCACCACGCUCGCGCAGACGCGGUCGCAAACACUGAUGGACGCGUUCCUCGCGGCGUUGACACGGGGAGGUCCUGGUGGACUACCCCGUCCGAUUGAGCUGCAUGCGCACGAUCCGCUACGGUAUGUCGGGGACAUGCUGGCGUGGGUGCAUCAGGCGAUCGCGGCGGAGCGGGAGUUCUUGGAAGGCUUGUUUGGCGUAGGCGGCGACGGGCGGAUGGUUGGCAGUGUGCGAAGGUUUGACGAGGCUACCGAGGAGGAGGGAUGGAUACGAGAGUUGAUGGACCUUGGAGUAGCGAAGUUAUGCGUACCGCUAAAGGUUCGCGUACAACAAACUAUACGCUCGCAGGAGAGCUGCAUCGUAUCGUACAAGAUCACGAACUUGUUGCAGUUCUACAUGCUCACAAUGCAGCGGACCAUCAGCGAGCAAGCACUCUUGUCCAAAACCUUGCAAGAAAUCAUGGAAAUCGCCUACCAAGUCUUCUACGACACGGUCGACAACCUCGGACGCGCCCUUCUACGGAAUACCCUUGACUUCGACGACCCCUCGCUCACUCCGCCUCUCGUCAUUCUCGACCACGCGCAGAUCCUGCGCGAGAUCAUGGCCGUCUACCAGUCGUCCCUCGCCGGCGACGAAGAUGCGAACGAGGACCAGACGGGCGCGCACAUCCUCGACGCGAUGCUCGACCCCGCGGUCGAGAUGUGCCUCAAGGCGAGCGAGGACAAAAAGGCGCUGCGCCCGAAGUGGGAUCGGGAGGUGUUCGUGUUGAACUGCUUGACGUUCUUGGACGGCGUCCUCGAGCCCUUCGCGUUCACGGCGAAGAAGCGGAACGCGCUGCAGCAGCUGAUCCGCGAGCAUGUUGCGGCGCUGACGGAGGAGCAUUACCACGACAUAAUGGUGGACGCCGGGCUCUACGACGCCGUCCAAACAUGCGAGCACCCGCCGACGGACGAGCCCCUCUCCCGACUGCCCACCACCCGACCCUCCGACCUCCAAACCGCCCUGCACACCUUCGCCCUCUGGCUCUCCGGCCUCGAGGUCGUCGACAGCCCGCGCCUCGCGCAGCUCGCUGGCCAAAGACUCGCGUCUGAGGUGCACCGCGCGGCACUCCGGCGGAUGGCGUACGCGUACCGGAAUCUGUGCGCCGCGGUGCGGCGGCCGAAGAACAAGUACGAGGCGGCGUCGACAUUGUUGGGGGGCGAGCGGCCGUUUGGGCAGGUACAUCUGCUGUGGCAGAUCUUCGGGUUUGGGGAGGAGGAGGAGGAGAAGGGGGAAUAG